CUCUCCAGGCAACCUUCAAACAUCACAUCUCCCCAGCGUACGAUAGUCUCAGCUCACACCAUCUCCACCUAGCUAGUUGUAGGUUAUAAUCACAAGAAUGGCUUCCACCAACAGCUGGACCCUCGAGUUGGAGUCGCGGGUGUCCGCACCACGCAAGUUCCGGGCCACCGUUAUGGACUGGCACACUCUGGCACCCAAGCUCGCCCCACACAUUGUCGACAGCGCCCACCACGUUGAAGGAGAUGGCGGGAUCGGCAGCGUCAGGCACUACAACUGCUCCUCAGCCAUGCCCUUCAAUGUCAUGAAGAAGAAGGUUGAGUACCUGGAUGUGGACAAUUGUGAGUGCAAAUACACCCUAGAGUGUGAUGGCGUUGAGACGUCCACAUGGCACAUUAAGAUUAGGCCGACGACCAACGGUGGGAGUGUGGCCAAGGUGGAAUGCACAUCCAAGGGCACAGAGGGGAAGGACAUGAUGCUCAAGGCCAAGGAAUCUGCCACCGAAAUGUUCAAGACUGUUGAGGCCUAUCUCAUCGCUAACCCGGAUGCCUACAACUAAGUAAGCAAAGAGGGAUCAUCCAUAAUAAUGGUGCUUUCUCCCCGAUCGAAUAAAACUGCUCCAACCUCCGUGGUAUGCUAGAGCAAGCUGGGUGUGGACUUAUGAAGUUAAAUAAAAGGUAGCUGGGUAUGGCCUUGAGUGUGUUUGUUUGAAGGUUGUGUUGAUUGCUUAUGUAUCUUCCUCGUGGAUCUAAAUAAGAAUAAAAACAAGUAUGUGAAAUA